UGCUCGAGUAACAUCGUGUCAUACUGUCGUACAAGAGCCUGCAGGAUCUAGCUACCUAUGUCCUAAUGAGCCGACGAUAAUAUUGCAUUUAUCCAUCGGUCUCCUGCUUCUCGACCAAAACACCCGGCAGCGACCCCCGAGUCUUCUCGUUGUCUCCACUCUUUCUCCACGGUGCCCAUGACAUAUUGAUCGACAUUCUCGAGCUCCCCAGAUAGUGACAGGUCUUCAUCUUACCCGUUCUUCCAUCAAUUCAUCUUCUUUCUCUUACUUCUCACACCCAAAUCUCUGCACUUGUCCUCACUUAGCAUAAGUUCCAAUCAAAAGAGACGUUUAUAACUCAAUUCCCACUACUGCUCGAGCUUCAACUCAGCCCAAACCACGACCUAAUCUACAACUGAAGCACCACCACCCAUCAUGACUUCAAUGCCCUUCCGCCAGCCUUACAGGCAGGCUUCUCGUCAGCAGUCGAGACAGAUGUCUGUUGACCCCCACAACGAGCUCCACCCGGUCCAGGAUCACUACAUUGGCAUUGAUGUCGGUACUGGCAGUGCUCGCGCCUGUAUUAUGAACGACAAGGGUGACAUUGUCGGCCUUGCCAGUGAGAACAUUGGCCUCUGGCAGCCCGAGACUGGCUACUACGAACAAUCAACCACAGACAUCUGGAGAUGCAUCUGCAACUCAGUACAGCGUGCCAUGAACCAGCACGGCAUCGACGGUUCCACCAUCCGCGGUAUCGGCUUCGACGCUACCUGCUCGCUCACCGUCUUCUCCAACGACACUGACGAGCCCAUCUCGGUCACUGGCCCCAAGUUCGACAAUGCCGAUGGCAACGACCGCAAUGUCAUUCUAUGGCUCGACCACAGACCCGUCGAGGAGACUGACAAGAUCAACGCCACAAACCACAACCUGCUCCGCUAUGUCGGUGGCAAGAUGAGCAUUGAGAUGGAGAUGCCCAAGGUUCUUUGGCUCAAGAACCACAUGCCCAAGGAGCUGUUCGACCGCUGCAGAUUCUACGACUUGACCGAUGCCUUGACUCACAUUGCCACUGGCAACGACGACCGCAGUUUCUGCAGUGUUGUCUGCAAGCAGGGCUUCGUUCCUGUCGGUGUUGAUGGCAGUGUCAAAGGUUGGCAAGAAGACUUCCUCAACGAGAUUGGCCUCGAGGAUCUGUGUGAGGACAACUUCAAGCGCUUGGGAGGUGUAGACGGGGUGAGCGGAAAGUACCACACUGCUGGUGACAAGAUCGGCACCCUUUGCGAGAAGGCUGCUGCUGACCUCGGCCUUCCUCCUGGUAUCGCUGUCGGUGCUGGUGUCAUUGAUGCAUACGCUGGCUGGAUCGGUACCGUCGGAGCUAAGGUCCGCCUGCCUGGCGCAAACCUUCAAUCGGGUGUCGACAAGAACGACGUCUCACAAGCCUUCACCCGUCUGGCUGCUGUUGCCGGAACAUCGACUUGCCAUCUCGCCAUGUCUGAGAAGCCUGUCUUCGUCGACGGUGUCUGGGGACCAUACCGCGAUGUACUCAUUCCAGACUACUGGAUGGCAGAGGGCGGUCAGUCGGCUACUGGCGAGCUCCUCAAGCAUGUGCUCGAGACCCAUCCAGCCUUCCAGCAGGCCAUGAGUGUAGCCGAGACUUUCAACGCCAACAUCUACGACUACCUCAACGAGCACUUGAACGAAUUGCAGACCAAGGAGGACGCCCCUACCAUCUCAUACCUUGGCCGUCACUUCUUCUUCUAUGGUGAUCUGUUCGGUAACCGCAGUCCUAUCGCCGAUCCCAACAUGAAGGGUAGCGUCAUUGGUCUGUCGAGCGACCGCAGCUUGGACGGCCUCGCACUCUACUACUACGCCACCAUGGAGUUCAUUGCUCUGCAGACCAAGCAGAUCAUCCAGCGCAUGAAUGACUCGGGUCAUGUCAUCAACUCUAUCUUCAUGUCAGGCAGUCAGUGCCAGAACUCUAUCUUGAUGGACCUCAUGGCCACAGCCUGUGAGAUGCCCGUCGUGAUCCCUAGAUAUGUUCACGCUGCCGUCGUUCACGGAGCCGCCAUGCUAGGAGCCAAGGCUGCCUCUACCGACGACAAGGGCAACUCCGAGCCUCUGUGGGACAUCAUGGACCGCAUGAGCAAGCCUGGUAAGGUCGUCCUCCCUGGCAAAGACAAGAACGAGAAGAAGUUGCUUGAUGCAAAGUACAAGGUCUUCCUCAUGCAGUGCGAGCAGCAGCGUGAGAUCCGUCGUGAUAUCGACGAGGCUGUUGAGGGCUGGAAAUAAAGAGGAUACGAUUUGACGAAGAAUCUCGCUUUUGCCGAAUCAUAAAAAAGGGGUUUGGACAAAGGCCGAGGACGAUUUUUGCUGCUCUCAUAAAGGGUAUAUACACGAUAAUGGAACUUUUGCUUGACUGUAUCUGCUUUCAUGACUUUGUUUGGAGUGACAGAGUGACCACACCGAUACGGAUUAAGCACUCGACCACCCUUCUGACUUGCAAUGCUCGUUCUUAGAUUGAAGCUCUACUUCUUCUCCUCAGCAACAUCCUCCUUGACCUUGGCAUCACCCCUAGCC